AUGCGCACUGGAAUGAGAGAGGAGCUGAGGACUGUCCUGUCGAGCCCUACCAGCCCGGUUACCUGGUCCGAGCUGGAAAAGUUGCCUUAUUUAACUGGCACCGUGAACGAAUCCCUGCGUCUCGGCGGCUUCCUUACGGCCAGAUCCCCUCGCAUAGCACCCGACCAAACCCUAACUUACAAAGAAUACACUAUCCCACCAGGAACGCUAGUCAGCUCCUCAAGCUACCUCGGCCACAAAGACCCAAGCAUCUUCUCCGAGCCGGAGAAGUUCUCUCCUGAGCGAUGGAUCUCCGCUGGCCGAACCAACGAGCAUCUUUUCGAAUACAUUACAUCCUUCUCCCGAGGCAGUCGGAUAUGUGUUGGCAUGAACCUCGCCUUCCUCGAACUUUACAUGACUCUUGCGUAUUACGUACGUCGGUUUGAUAUUGAGCUGGUCAACACGACCGCGGAGGAUAUGAGGAUUGUACGCGAUAUGGGGGUUGGGUUGACGCGUAGGGGUGAGCCAAGUGUUUAUGCUAGGGUUGUGAGGGUAUAUGAGGAUUGA